AACCAAAUCAUUCUAAACGUGUCAAUAAACAACAGAAGAGCAAAAAAAAUGGCAAAAUCCAUCAUCGUUUCGGCCAUCGUGGCGGUUGCCCUGCUCGGAGCGAUCCACGCAACGGAUUUGAUUUUGGGAAACAUUCUUCCCGGUGAUCGGGUGCUGCAUUCCCAGGGCUACGCUGCCGCCGGAGUGGCCAACCAGGUGGUUAGUCGAAUCGUAAAUCACGUCGGAACGUACAACGUCACCGCAAUCCGCGCCUAUGACCGAUCGUUGAACCGAACCGGAGCAGCACACGUGUACUCAGGUGGCCUUGGAUACCGGAACGUGUCUGUGUGGCUGCAGGGGCGCCAGAUGGGCUCAGGCUAUGAUUUUCUAGUGGAAAUCUAUGGUCGGUAAACAGACGGAACAAGCUUGGGUUUAGAAGCGGUUAGUAAGAUUACAAAAAUGUGACCAAUCGAAUAAACUGAUUUGCUUCAGUUGUGUCUGCAAACCUAAAUGCUGUCGGAAUCCUAAACAG